AUGGAAACCGUCAUGGAUCCCGACCUCUGGAAAACAGCUCGAGGCAUUUUGAACGACGCCCCCAACCGCGGUCAUCUGGCCUUCACGCCAUUACUCUCUCAGCGGCUUACGUCCACUCCACUUACCAGUGUGAGCACCGUCGACGUCUUUCUCCCUCGACAACAUCGCUUGGACGGGAACAUACUCGCCCCAUCAUUACACUCGAUAUCCAUACGCUCAGACGCAGCGGAGACCUCGCAGUGCCCAGUACCCGCGUCAAUAUUAAUGGACAUCUUCGAGACGUCAGUGCGUUUACGAUACAUCCACUUGCGUCGCUGCGUGGACACGACGUCGAUUGGCGACCUGCCUUCUAGCGGACGCCAUCGUCGUCUGCUCUCGAAGCUGGACAUCGGCUGCAUGGACGAAAGCCUGCUCCGCAUCAUCCAUUACUACUUCGUCGUCGACUCGUCGUCCUCAGUCUCGAUCGACUUGUACUCUACCUCGCAACUGUCGCGUGCUAUGACUCUAUGCUUCGACGAUUUCAAACUUGAUCGUGAAUCAGUCACAUCCAUGGGUAUUUUCUUCGAUCACGAGUAUGCCACUGGAGACGACGGCCAUGAUCUGUUCCGAACAUACUUCUUCGGUCUACGACUGUAUCCGCUAAACGACUUUGUCGUCAUCUUACGCAUGGACGAAACGCAUCAGACGUGGUCGUGGCAGAACUUCACCGAGUUAUUUCCAUGUCAAAACAUCACCUCGCUCACACUUCGGAAUCGACAAAGUUUCGAAUCUGUAACUGAAGUACGCCCUGGAUACCUCUUGAGCCAGCUACACGGUCUAGAGACCGUUACUGUGGCAGAUCGUCCACACAUCGAUUGCUUGACUGCCAUUCCCCUCACAUCGCCGAUAUCGACAAUCAUUAUUGCCAUUCCGGGCGCGGCAGACAACGAGGACCUCGCUGACGUGUGGCAUUGGUUGAAAGAAAGAGGAAAGAGUGAUAGGAAUGUUCAACUACUCCUGUCGGGUAAACUGCAAACGGCGGAGGAGCUUGAACGGUACCGUCGCAUCGAAGCCCCCGUCAUCAGCGCUCUUCAACAGUUCGCAACCGUUGAGGAUGAUCGUUCGUUUGUGAAGGGUCAUGUCAUCCGGAUUUAUCAUAAUUAG